AUGCUGGUUAUACCAGCGUCUUCGAUAUGUGUGGUGCGUCAUUCAAUCGAUCUUUCGAUACUAAUUCGACCUUUUUGGUGUGAUGAGACGGAGGGAGAGGGACACGGAGACGGAGAAGAAGAAGAGGAGGAGCAAGAGGAGAAGGAGAAGAAGAAGGAGGAGGAGAUUAUGGGCUUUGUAAAUACAAAUGGCCAGACGAUGAUGGGAAGUAUGUUGCACUUUGACCUGGAUAAACAAAAUCAUCUCUUUUUCUUGAAGCUGUUCACUCGAUUAGUUGGGCCUCUAGUUAUGGGUUAUCCUAUAAGCGAACGUCGCUCUGAAAUCUUUCAUGUUGGCCAAAAACAAUAA